GGGGCGGCAGUAGGCUGAGGGGAGGGCGCCGCGCGCCGCCAGUCCGCGCCGAGCGGCCGAACGAGCGUUAUGUCCGCGUGUGCGCCGCGCGCAUGUUGCCGGCUGCGCGCCCCUGCAACUCUGCUUGAUAUCACUGCAAAGAUAGUUGCCGCAACGAUCCCGUUCCAGCGGAUCGAGGAGCGCUAUGAACGGAUUCCAGAACCGGUCCAGCGGCGUGUCGUGUACUGGUCCUUCCCGCGGGAUGAACGGGACAUCUGCAUGUACUCGUCGUUGGCGAGGGCGCCGCCCGACGACCACCGCAACAUCGCCUUCUGCCGCGGCCUCAAGCUGCUCGAGGCCGGCUGCGUGGAAAACGUGCUACAAGUCGGCUUCCAUUUGAGCGGCGUGGUACGCGCUCCGGCAGCAGUCCCGCCAUGUUCCGAGCCAGAAAGGUUAUACAGGGUCACAGUUUCUUUUGACAGAUGCAAAAUAACGGGGGUGACGUGCAGUUGCGAGGCACGUGACAUCUUCUGGUGCCAACACGUGGUAGCGCUGGCCCUCUACCGCAUCAGAAAUGCUGACUCCGUGCGACUCAGAGUGCCUAUAUCAGAAACCCUCCUCCAAAUGGACAGGCAACAACUUCAAAAGUUCGUCCAGUACCUCAUAGCGGAACACCACACGGAAGUUCUUCCCACGGCCCAAAGGUUAGCUGACGAGGUGCUGCAGGCGCGGUCGGCUAUUAACAGAAUAUGCGGAGCGCCGGACCCUACGGCUGGGCCUCCUCCGGACGCACACCAUGCUUGGCAUUUGGAUGAGCAGCAGGUCUGCGAACAAGUGCGAGCCUAUUUAUUACAAGGCACCUACUACAAUGCAAAUAAACAACUGAAUUCAUUAUUUUCUAAGGUGCGCGAAAUGCUCCGAGCCCAAGACUCCAACGGCCCUAGGAUGUUAAUGUUAAUGACAGAACAAUUUCUGUCAGACCCGCGUUUACUUCUAUGGCGGAACCAGAACACACCGAUGACGGAAAAAUGCAGGCAACUAUGGGAACAGUUAGGGGCACUAUGGGUCAGCAUAGUCUUAGACCCAGGAAGCAAUAUGCAUCAUAGAAUUCAGUGGAAACAUUUGCUGGAAAAAUGGUCAGCUGUUGAAGUGUGUCCUACAGAGGAUCCUGAUUACCGCUCUUUUCCUUUGUACGCAAGAGAGAGAGAAAGAAACGAGCGAGAUCGUGACAGAGACCACAGAGAUCGGGACAGAGAGCGGCAUAGAGAUAGGGAAGAGCGGGACAGAGAAAGACUACGAGAAAGGGAGAGAGAUAGAGAAAGACAUAGAGAGCGACAAAGGAGAGAAAUGCAUUCCCAAUCGGAAAGCUCAGACGAGGAAUCUAGACCAAACAAUUAUGAACGAGAGUAUCGAAGAGCCAGCAAGAGAUUAAGACUACACAACCAAAGGUCUGCACCACAAUUAACACCAAGGACCGUUUUUCACAAAGCUUUAGACACAGUGGACAUAUCGUGGGAGAACGAGCAUUUGAAGAACAUCCUCGGUAGCGACGAGCACUGCGACCCAGAAGCUUGUGAUAAGCCUGACAUGUGGUCAUCCAGCAAAAUACUAUUACCUUACCCUAAGUUCAAUGAACUAGGACAACCUUUGUGGCAUGAACACCUUCCCGUGGUGGGAGCAAGGAUAGAAGCUCUUCGAGCGCACGGCAGGGGCCCUGCUGCAUUACGGUUAGCCGUCAGCGCCGCCAGGGCUAUGAGGCAUCGACAGGAGGUAGCCCAAAACAGAUGGCAUGAAGUAGGCGCGGGUGAAGCGUCAUCCAGUGGCGUGACUACAACGACUUCUUGCUCGGGUCCCGAAAGCUGUUCAGGCAAUUGCGGGGAACGGGUCAAAUUGCCAUUGGUCUGUGCGCAUAUGGACGGGGGAACCUGCUUGCCUGGUGGGGCUACUUGUGCUCUGUCGCAUACGCAACGGUGUAUUGGUAGAGACAGCCGGUGUUGGACGGGAUGGACGCUAGAGGCAGUGUGGUGUGUCUACGAGUGUUUGGCAGACGCGUGCUUGGCGCCUGACGACACGCGAGCCUCGCCGCGACUGCAUACCUACCUCGACGAAGAACCUAACACAGGCUUACCGCCUAGGUAUCAACAUGUACCAGUAGCAGGCAGUAAGAACCCCGACGAAACAUACCUAGCUCUGGCGUUAGAAGCGGCCCUACUAGGUCUUGGUAUGCAGAGGAUGUUGCCUAGCGGACUUUAUGCUCAGGAACGAUACUGCAAGCAGGAAGAACGUCUAAUAGCACAAUUACAACGCGUAGAAGGUGAAGCUGCGGCGGGUGUGUGCGCGAAAGUGGCCAAAUCCCUCCUCGAAGGAGGGCCGUCCUCCUGUCUCGGCGCUCAAGUCCACCCGCGGUCGGCGCCUGCGCAUACCUUCGCGCGCUUUCUGUUCCUCACACUAUUGCCUACGGACCCUGAAUUGGCUUAUAGAGUCGGCUUAAGGGCUAUGCGGUUACCGAUGGUGGAGGAGGCGUACGCGCUAGACAGCGGAGGGGCCGGCGCAGGCGCAGCCGGAGGCGGCGCGGGCGCGUGGCACACGUUGCAGCACGCUGAGCAACAGCAGGCAACUCUAGCCAGUGCACUGCUUGGCGCAGCUCGCGGCAACCCGGGUCGUCUGCGCGCAGCACUAGGCGCUGCGCAGCGCCACGUGCGCAGCGCCGCGCAGCUGUUCCGCCUCGCGCAGGACGCGCUGCGACACGCCGCGCCGCCAGACGCGCCGCACCAUCACCGGGACCUGUUGGCUGCUGCCUUCGAACUGGGCUUACAGGUAUUACGGAUGACACUAUCAUCGGUGAAUUGGCGACGACGUGAAAUGGUCCGGUGGCUUGUGACCUGCGCCACCGAACUUGGCUUAGACGCACUGCUUUCUAUCAUGCAAAACUGGUACGAAUUAUUCACACCAACGGAAGCGACUGGUCCGGUCGCGGCGGCAGCGAUGUCACACGCAACUGCACUGCGACUAGGCCUCACUUUCGAGCAGCAGGAGAAGCUUAGCGCCUGUGCCAGGACGCUAGCCUUACAGUGUGCCGCUAAGGAUCCGCCGGGCUGCGCUCUAAGCGCACUUUCAGUAUGCGAAGGUUCAGCAGGAGCGUUCGAAGCCGCCUGCGCAGCAGUGGGGGGCGCAGCCGCUAGAGGAGCACUGGCCAGCAGUCAGCUCUUCGCCGUCGCGAGAUACAUGGAGCAACGUGGUCAACCCGCAAGAGCAAUGCGAUUGGCCACUCUCGCUAUGAGGAAUUUACAUCUGCACUACAACCAGGACAGCCACCCAGCAAUCGCAGACAUCCACUGGGCGGUGGCGUUAGCACACUCACUAGGCCGUGCCGAGCUUCAAGCCAUGCUACCGCUCCUCGUCAAGAACGUGCAAUGCGCUCCCGUACUGUCUGACGUCCUACGUCGGUGUUGCGUAGCGGCAGCGGGUUGUUCCCGGUCGCGACCACCACCACCGCGGCCACCGACGCCUCUAAGGCCUCUCCUGGAGGCCGCGCUGCGCGCCUACGCGUCCACUACGCAUGCGCGUCUCGCGCAUAUCUCGCCUAGACAUUAUGCUGAUUUCGUCGACUUUCUGGGUAAAGCUCGUGAUACGUUCGCUCUGGCCCACGACGGGCCGCACCAGUUCGCUGCGCUGCUGCAAGAGAUCAAACUCAAGUAUAAAGGCAAAAAGAAACUCAUGUUUCUCGUCAAAGAGCGUUUUGGAUGAAAAAAAGCACAAUUAAAAAGAAGACGCCUAAAAAAAUAGCGAGAUAAUUAUUUUCUAAAUCCUUUUGUCACCAAAAACAAGACGUCGAAAUAUUCGACCUUUUUAAUAACCUUCAGAAGAUAGGGUGACAAUCAUUUUUUUCCUGUAACAAGGCUAAUAAAUGCAAGUUACUAAAAGCAACUUCAGACAAUGCAAUGGUGUUUGUACAUAUGAAAUGUGCAAUUAAUUGUUCCAUUCCAUUUUUGUUUAUGUUUAAUUUUGAAAUCGUGCAAUAGUGUGUGCGCCUUGUUGAUUGUAUUGAAUUAUGCUGAAAGAAUAAGGAGACAUUUCAUAUAAUUCUCUAAAGGAUUUACCGUUACGGUAACAAUUAUUACCUCAUGUUUGGUUACAAUUUAGUGGCCAUCGUGUACCAAACCAGUCUAUUCUAAAAGUAUUAUUUUUAUUUAACGUGUAGACUAGAUUGUAACUCUAACUGACCUCGUAAACAUCAUUUGUACUGCGUAAGUAAGAAUAUUGAAAUGAUCUCAAUGAUUCCAUUUGUGUAAAUAGACUUAGAUGUAAAUAUAGAGUACGAAAUUAGAAGCAAUAAGUAUCUAGAAAACACCUUACGGACUGUGCAAGAUUUAAAUUAUGUAUAAAAAUAUGCACUUGAAACUGAAAGUUCUUAUCAGUAUUUCUUGAAUGUCAGGUUUUUUAAAUAUCUGUACAGUCCGUAAAAAUCUUUAGUAAGUAAACUUAAGCCAUUAUUAUAGCGUCCAUAGAAAAUGAAUCAAUCAUUGUUAAAAUGACACAACACCAAAGAAUACAUAGGUGAAUAAGUCCAAAAGUGUGAGAUAAGCGAUGCCAUCAUUCCUUCAGUAUUCUUGAGUAUUCAUUAUUUGUAAGUUUUCUUUCCAAAAGUUAGACUUCCCGUUUUUAAUAGCAAGUGCAAUGUUUUUGAAUGAUAUAUAUAUAUAUAUAUAUAUACCAU